GUUUCUGUCUAGGAAGAUUAACUACAUCAUGAGUGCAGGAGCAAGGUCAUUCGGUUUCGGUCUAAAAGCUUUCAAGAGAUUUCCAGAGUUGGUUCCACUUGUAAGUAUCCUCUCGGCUGCCUGUCUCGGAGGUACCGGCUUCAUUGUGUACUCCCUGGCGACCAAGCCGGAUGUCAGGGUUAUAAAGUCCAAGGGUCCAGCUUACGAGGAUGUCAACCCAACAGAGAACAGAAAACUGGUUCAAGUCAACAAAGAUCAUUACCAGCCGAUUCCAGAACUAGAAGAGCUCAGGAAAGAGAUAGGCCAUUACAAACCUUAA